GCGGAGGGAGGCGGGCGAUUGUUGUUGUCACUCAGCAACUGUGAGGCGGGAGCGGCGGGGCUGACCGCGCGCGCGCCUGAGAGAGAUGCGAGGAGCCGCGGCUGCUGCUGGUGCCUCCCGCGCCCUGCCUCCUCUGUGCCCGCCCUCCGCCGCCACCGCCCAGAGAGCAUGAGCGGCGCAGGGGCCCAGCCGCAGCCGCCGAGCCCCUCCGGGCCCGGCGGGGAUUCCCAGCCCUCGGACCCCGCGGAGCCUCCGGCUGCUGCCCCUCCGCCGCCGCCGCCGCCGCCGAUGCUGAGCGUCGACCUGCCCGCUCUGGUGUCGCAGUUCGCGCGGAGCUUCGCGCUCAUCUUCCCCGUCUACGUGCUGGGCUACCUGGGGCUGAGCUUCAGCUGGGUCCUCGUCGCCCUCCUGUGCGUCUUCUGGGUGCGGAGGCACCGGAGCGGGAAGAGCUCCCGCCUGGGCCGGGCGCUCGCCUUCCUGCAGGACGAGGAGCGCGCCGUGAGGCUGACUGUCUCCACGGGAGACCUGCCCGCAUGGGUGCACUUUCCAGACACAGAGAGAGCAGAAUGGCUGAACAAGACUGUAAAACACAUGUGGCCUUUCAUUUGCCAGUUCAUUGAGAAACUUUUCCGUGAAACAAUAGAACCAGCAGUGAGAGGAGCAAAUAGCCACCUGAGCACCUUCAGUUUCACAAAAAUUGAUAUAGGGGAUCAGCCUCUUAGGAUUAAUGGUGUUAAAGUGUACACCGAAAAUGUGGAUAAAAGGCAGAUAAUCUUAGAUCUUCAAAUCAGUUUUGUCGGCAAUUGUGAAAUUGACUUGGAGAUCAAGAGGUACUACUGCAGAGCUGGUGUGAAAAGUAUACAGAUUCAUGGCACUAUGAGAGUUAUAUUGGAACCUCUGCUUGGGGAUAUGCCUUUAAUCGGAGCACUGUCUUUAUUUUUCCUUAGGAAACCGCUUUUGGAAAUUAACUGGACAGGACUGACCAAUCUUCUGGAUAUUCCAGGACUAAACGGUUUAUCAGACACUAUCAUAUCAGACAUCAUAUCCAAUUACCUGGUGCUCCCAAACAGGAUCACUGUUCCUCUCAUCAGUGAGGUACAGAUUGCUCAGUUGCGAUUCCCCAUACCAAAGGGUGUACUAAGGAUACACUUCAUUGAAGCUCAGGAUCUUGUGGGGAAAGAUACUUACCUAAAGGGAAUUGUUAAAGGGAAGUCUGACCCGUACGGAAUCAUUCGUGUGGGUAAUCAAAUUUUCCAAAGCAAAGUCAUCAAAGAAAAUCUCAACCCAAAGUGGAACGAAGUUUAUGAGGCCUUAGUGUAUGAGCACCCAGGACAGGAAUUGGAGAUUGAGCUCUUUGAUGAAGACCCAGACAAGGAUGACUUCCUGGGAAGUCUAAUGAUAGACCUAAUUGAGGUUGAAAAGGAGCGCCAUUUAGAUGAGUGGUUUACUUUGGAUGAAGUUUCCAAAGGAAGAUUGCAUUUAAAACUAGAAUGGCUCACAUUGAUGCCUACUGCAGAGAAUCUUGAUCAGGUUCUAAAAAGCAUUCGAGCUGAUAAAGAUCAAGCCAAUGAUGGCCUUUCGUCAGCAUUGCUUAUUCUCUAUUUGGAUUCUGCAAGAAAUCUGCCAAGUAUCUACGAAGGAAACUUUGGGUGUGGAUACUUAAAAGAGAGGAGAGCAUCGGGACUAGUCUUUUGUGAAAAUACUACCUCACUCUAUAGAACACUAUUUUCAGGAAAGAAACUAAAUAGCAACCCCAACCCCCUUGUCUUGCUGACUGUUGGACACAAGGCACAAGAAAGUAAGAUUCGUUACAAGACCAAUGAACCUGUAUGGGAGGAAAACUUCACUUUCUUUAUUCACAACCCUAGACGGCAAGAGCUAGAAGUUGAGGUCAAGGAUGAACAACACCAGUGUUCCUUGGGAAACUUCAAGCUUCCUCUAAGUCAGCUUCUUGAAAGUCAAGAUCUAACUAUGCACCAGAGAUUUCAUCUUAGCAAUUCUGGUCCAAACAGCACUGUAAACAUGAAGAUUGCACUCAGGAUUCUUUCUCUUGAAAAGCAAGAGAGGUCUCCAGACCACCAACACUCAGCCCAAGUGAAGAGGCCCUCUGUUUCCAAAGAUGGAAGAAAAGGUUCUUUCAAGCCUCAGGUCCCCAGUUCUCCAGCAACUGACUUGAACAAACACCCAGUUUCCACAACAACAGACACUGUUAAAAAGACUGAUGUGGUUGAAAAAAGCCAUCCCUCUAAUCCUAGUCCUCAGUGGCCAACAGAUCUCAGCAGAAGCUCAUCCAGUCUCCUUGCCUCCAACUUGAGCUAUUCUCCCAGCCACCUUUCAGUCAAAGAACCUACUCCAAGUAUCGCUUCGGACAUAUCACUGCCCAUUGCCACGCAGGAGCUGCGGCAGCGGCUGAGACAACUUGAAAAUGGCACAACGUUAGGACAGUCUCCGUUGGGACAGAUUCAAUUAACAAUUCGGCACAGCUCACAAAGAAACAAACUUAUGGUCGUGGUUCACACAUGUAGAAAUCUAAUUGCGUUUUCAGAAGAAGGAUCUGACCCCUAUGUCCGAAUGUAUUUAUUGCCUGACAAGAGGAGAUCAGGAAGAAGAAAAACAAGCGUUUCGAAGAAGAAUUUAAAUCCAGUGUUUGAUCAGGCCUUUGAUUUCAGUGUUUCAUUACCUGAAGUACAGAGAAGAACGUUAGAUGUAGCAGUGAAGAACAGUGGAGGUUUCUUAUCCAAAGACAAAGGGCUUCUUGGUAAGGUAUUGAUACCACUGGCUUCUGAAGAACUUUCCAAGAGUUGCACCCAGUGGUAUGACCUGACAGAAGAUGGUACAAGGCCGCAUAUUGCACCUUAGGCAGUUUGGGAUGCCAGAAGCUCCUGUUCAUAUACUUUUGCCAUCCUUUAUAUAUUUUAUCAACAUUGUUCACACAGAUGUAUUAAUAUUUUUUAUAACUCUUAGUUAUUCGGCCCAACCAACACUUCCCAACAGUUUUAUAAUACUUGGACAUUAUAUGUAGGCUCAAGUCCGUUUGUUAGCCUAUUUUCCUUCAUUUGUUACAGCUACUUUAAUGUGCAAUAGGGUUUGUAGAGUAACCAUGUUUCAAUGGAACCUUUUAUGGCAUUUGUAACCUUGAGAAAAGUGAGAUCAUCUGCUUUUCCUAUCUUGUAUCUCACCAAGGUGUCUGCCAUGUAAAUAGAUGCUAUUUUUUAAAAGAUAGUUUCCCCCAAUGGUUUGAAGUCAAAAGGAAAACAUAAACAUUUUUCUUUUAAAUGCACCCUAAAAGUUUAAGGAAAAAUGUUCAGGGAAUGGUUUCCGCAGCAAAAUCGUCUUAAUCCUAAUAUGACGGAUUUCUUUAAAAAGAAAAGAAAAAGUACUGAAGGAAUUAAUUGAACAGUUAGCCCAUAUAUUUCUGCCCUUGAAGCCUUGCAAAAUGGGAGAGUACAAAAUAUUAACUUUUAAUAUUUAUAUAGAAAGGUAUUCUUGGAAUUGCAGAUAAUUCAUAUAAUUCUAAAAUUCAUCCAGAUGUUAUAAAGAAAAGUAUAUAUAAUUACUGUAUAAAAAAAUACUGUAUGAAAAUAAGAUGAUCAUGGUGUUGAAAUAAUAGUAUAUCCAUCUAGUCUCUUAAGAUGCAAAAGUUAAGACUUGAGUAGUACAGUGUUUUGUAAUGCACUUUUGCAGUCAUUGCUUCCUGUUUAGAAUUUAUUUGCCCCACCUGAAAUACCAGAAAAUUGCCUAUGCAACAGUAUGGUUAAGAUGUACUACAGAUUAAGAAUUGAUAACCACCCUAAUGAUUCAGAAUAUGUGGUGGAAUCACAUUGAUUGUUUUACAUAUGAAGUCUCUUUAACUGGGUCUCUAGGACGUUUAUCAGUGUAAAAUGCCUGCAGGUCUCUUAAAUUGGCACUCAUAUUAUAGAAAGCUCAAUAUCUAGAUUUCUGGUUGCUCUUUCCACAGUUGCUUCAAUGCUUGGAGCAGUUCCUUCUCUUUUGGGUCUGAUCUAUGUGAAACACUCACAUUCCAUUCAAAACACCACUGCAUUCUGCUGCAAGGACUAGUUCAUACACCACCAGUUAAGGAAUCUGUCACUGGAUAUUGAGCAGACAGUGUGCUCCACAAAUUCUGCAAAAUCAGCCAUGAAUCUGGAAUGUGUGGAUCAGAAUGAUGUUAAUGCAGUAAAAAGGAGCCAUUUAAAAUCAAACGUAUGUUCUAAUCAGUGCAGCUUUUUCAUUUGAUUUUCACAGGGCCCAGGAAAUGCAGGAGUGGUUUGCAACAAAUGGACUUGAUAAAUGUUUUGUGUGAACAUUUUGCUUCAUUUUAUUCAUUGUUGCUUUGAGAACAAGAUCAAUAGGGCAUUGAUUAUAUCUAUUGCUUCCUUUUUUUGGAAAGCUUUCUCAGAUGGUUUUUAACAAAAAUGUAUAUUUUUGUGGUUUGACCCAAGAAACAGUACACUUCCUCUGCAGACAGUAGCCUCACAAUCUUGGGUAAAUAUGCAAUUGCUUUUUAAAAACAAAAUAACAAUUUCUCUUGGGGUGGCUUCUGACUACAAAAUAAUGUUUAUGGGAAAAUAAACUUCUGGAAUACUAGCUUUAUAAUUAAACUUACAUAACCUUAAUUCUUGCUUAGACAUUUGGAAUAAUCCAGUAGUAACGUCUCCUGCACAAGAAUCAUUUAGUUGAGCUUGCACAGAAGAGAUUCCCAUGUGCCCUUCAAGUAUACUAAGAAUACCGAAGUGCCUGUCAUAUAGAUGUAGCAGACUGUUCACACCAAGUUUUAAAAACAAAUUCAUUUUCAUUUGUCAGCGUGACACAUUUGUACACACCCUUUGGCAUCCCAUAUGUAACAUCAUGUUGUAUUGUGUCAGCUUUGCUAGGCAGACCUGUGCAGCAUCAUUCAGAUAAUUUGGCACAUGUACAUAAGCUGAGAGAGAGGCUCACCAUAAACAUAGCUUAGAUCAGGCAUCCCCAAACUGCGGCCCUCCAGAUGUUUUGGCCUACAACUCCCAUGAUCCCUAGCUAAGAGGACAAGUGGUCAGGGAUGAUGGGAAUUGUAGUCCAAAACAUCUGGAGGGCCGAAGUUUGGGGAUGCCUGACUUAGAUUAAGGUGGUCCCCUACUUCCUUUUAAGCAUCUUCACUAUACGACCACCAUUAGACAACUCAAACAAGGGAGAACAUAUAAUAGGAAGAAGAAAAGCCAUAAGCUGUAGUUAUCACGAGCCCUUAUGAGAAAUAUGAAGACAAGGGAAAUGUGACUCGAAGUUAAGUCUUAUUGAAGAAAACUAAUAACCCAUAUACCCUAGUAUUCUCUCCUGGCUAAAACUGAUAUUAGUAAGUAAGAGCAUUGUAUAGUGGCAUUAGUUAUGCUGAAAUUCCUAAAUGAUGAGAUUCUUGGGAGAGGAUGCCAUAAUGCCAACAUGUGGGCAUGUAACAUCCUAGAAUAAAUAGGUUUCUCGUUGUGGUCAAAAUUCGGCAGGAGGGUCCUACAUAAUUCUUUUGAGUAUCUGAGUAUCAGGUAUGGUAACCUCUAUUUCAGGUAUCUGCAACACCUUGGCAUUAAGAGUGGGAUAUUGGUGGGAAUGCAUAGAGGUAAUGCAGGCCACUAGGGAACAGUGUGAAAUACUUCUAAUCUAUUAUUAAAGUAAAAGCCGUCAUCUUCUCCCUUCAUCCCCUGGUAUAUAUCAGUGUUCUUUCCCUACAUCCCGAGGUAUCCUGCAUGAGGAAAUAACAAAUAGUGAGAGUUAUUCCAAAUGUGUGCAAAAAAAGAUUUGUUACAAUGUGAGAGUCAUCAAGGUGGCCCUCAGGUGGAGAGGAGCUCGCUCUCAAAAAUCUGGACCAAAAUCCUGGCUAAAUACAAAGAAAUGCUCUUUCUACCUUUGGAAAUCAGAAGCUGCAUGCAUGAAUCUAUUCUGUCCACAACUUGGUGGUGGUAAGUUGAGGAAGAAUGACGUUUCCAUUAGCAAAUCAAAGACUGAAUGUCAUCAGACUAGCUUUCCGCGUUCUUUAUUUUUUUAAAUUCUGUGCCUUAAAGGAAAGCUUAAAUACUUUGUUUCAACCCAAGCUUUGUUCUCUGUAUCUACCAGUUUCUGUUGCGUGCUAUUGAAAGUGUUCAGUGCUCUAGGUUGCUGGAGAGGAAAGCAGCACUUUGCAUUUAGAGCUAUUAUAAUCCAAGUACCAAGUCAAUAUAUUAUGUGGGUUUUGGAUUAAAUUAUUUGAACCUUCUCUAUAUCAGGCUUGCAGCAACUGCUGAAGGGAGGAGAUAGGGUGGUCAGUUUAGUACAGAUUGCCUUUUUCGCUCAUUUAAUUUUGCAAUUGCAUGUAUUUAUUCAAUAAAUGAUUCAUAUGGGA